AUGAGCUCUGCGUUCUUUCGGCGUCCUGGCGAGGACAGUUCGAGCUCGGACUCAGAAUCAAGUGCGGAGGAAGUCGAGAUUGAGGAGCCUUCCACCAAGGAUACCGAGGGCGAUCUCAACAGUAAUGACAUCGAACUCGCUACCACUGAGUCCAUCCCUACCGAUGCCAGCGUUGCCCUCCCGCACACGGAUGAAGAUAGAAAUGUGCUAGAUGUUGAUCAACACCGCAACAACAUGCUUACAGCACUGCUCGAGGACUACUACAAGAAUCGAGCUACGGAUCUUCUGAAUUCCACACAUCCUGAUGCCAGCUUCACACGCGACUCUGCAGAAGUGCAGGCGCUAGCUCGUGAGCUGUACUCGGAUGCCAGCCACACGCUGGCUCAGAAUGGCAUCAUACCGUCACCCCAUGCCACCAACAGCCGUUCUGCACAGAACCGUAAUUACCUCUCGGUGCUUGACAGCAUUGCCCUGAGGAACAUCAAAGACGUCGGGAUCUCGCGUGCGCAACAGAAUCUACAACUCCGAGAAGGAGAUGCUAGCCUUGCUCUUGUGGGGGUAAAUAAGCGUCCCGCAACACAGCAUGCAGCUUACAGUGAAGCAUCAUUAGGCAAUCUCAUCAUGAGUACUGGUCAUAUGGGCAUCUCAUCCCCUCAUGCAGACAGGGCUCUCACCGUCUCGCGGCCUCAGCAGCAAAGUCACUACGAGUCAAGUUUUCAACAGCUCAAGCUGCUAGGCAAAGGAGGUUUUGGACGCGUCUAUCAUGCCCACAGCCUGUUUGAUAGGAAAGAGUACGCAAUCAAGAAAAUUCCUCUGAGCCCUCGCUUGACUCGGAGCUACCAGCAAGGUGGGCAUGCGGAGCUUGAUAGCGUUCUGAGGGAAGUGCAAGCGCUCGCGCAGUUGGACCACAGCAAUGUCGUUCGGUAUCAUGCCACCUGGAUCGAGGAACCAAGAUCCUCGCCCAGACUUUCGAGCGGUCCGAUGCACACCUCUCUUCCACUGAACCGUCGGCGGUUGCUCGCAGAUCGACCACACGAAUCUCCGAGACCAGCCCUGCCGGAACAGAGCGAAGGUAUUGUUUUCGGCUUCGACAGCUCACGCCGGCCCUCCUAUGCCAAUGACGUAGCGAGUGGCUGGUCCAUCGACGACGCACUCGACAAAAGUACGUCGAUUCGAGAAUCGCAAAUUUUCACGGACGGGCUAGUACAAGGGAGUGCCAGCACUGAAUCGAACGUUGAUGACACUGUCUGUGUACUUCAUGUACAGAUGUCACUCUAUCCAAUGACCUUAUCGCAGUACCUGGCUCCGCUUUCAGCAACGGCAAGCAGUGCCCCCGGGUCGCCUCAGCGACGGCAUUGCUUCCAUCUCGUACCCUCGCUUCGCAUCAUUCUAGGCAUUCUAUGUGGCCUGCAAUAUAUCCACGCCAAAGGUCUCAUCCAUCGUGACAUCAAGCCCGGAAAUAUCUUCCUGUCGCACGUCGAUCAAUCAACCGGCUAUACGACCUCUGAGGGGUUCUACGACGUCGGCUCAUGCUCUGCUUGCCCUGACUACCACGAGUAUCACGUCAAUCCUCGCAUCGGCGACUUUGGGCUCGUAGCAGAGCUCGCGCGGUCUGACGUUAAGAUCGACAGUCCCACAAGCCCAUCUUCGUCACCGGCGAAACUCGUGGGAACAGAGUACUACAGGCCGCCUCAGCCAACGGACGGCGACGGGCACAAGGCGAAACCCGCCGUCGAUGAGAAAGUCGAUGUCUAUGCCAUGGGCGUGAUCCUGGUCGAGCUUUUGUGGCAGUGCAACACCAGCUCUGAGCGGCUGCACGUCCUGAGAGACCUGCAGAGGGGACGGCUCCCAAAGGCACUGGCGGCUACGAUUGAGAGCGAGGGUCAUGAGCCAGGCCUCGGGGAGACGGUCAAGGACUGCAUUCGCGGCAUGAUCGUGCCGGACGACAAGGCGCGCUGGACUUGUCUGCGGGUGGAGCAGUGCAUACAAGAUGUCCUGAGAAAGUGCAAGACGAGGAUGGAUGUGACCAAUCUCACCAAGGUUCGGUGCCUGAAUGGGACUGAAGACUCAGCGGGCGCGACGGUUGAAGUGGUAGACGACUGA